UCAAGAUUGAAAGAUAAAAAACUAAAACCUACCACAACACCACAUAACAAGAUGACAAGUGGCGUCCACUUGAGAUUUGAGAAGUAAACUAAAAUGUGUCAUUGUUUCAGGGUUUAGAGAAUUUGAUUUCCUGAAGAAAUCUGCUGCACUUUGGAUUUGGACAAACUUUUCAGUAACGGCAAUGGCGUUCUCCUCCUCCUCAGCACCGCCCGGCCGAAACCCUAAAAAACCAUUGGCGUUUAGCGCCAACGCAAUGAAGCGCAAAGACAGUUUCAUUCAGUUCUUCGCCAUGACCGGAAUUCUGCUGAUGAGCGUCAGAUCUCUGGGCCAAAAGUAUCGCAUCCAUGACCUUCUAGAGGACACUUCGGAUCUCAAGGAAGAGCAAGAGAAGCUCACCGAAAGGAUGAAGAACAUUAAGCGCGCUCUCCUCCACGAGGCCUCGCUCGAGCCCACUGGCGCUUUCGCUUCCAGGCUUCGUCUUCUCUUCGGCGAUGAAAAUUGAUUCUUGGACUCGCUCUUCAUCAAAGCAAGAUGUUGAUAACUUGGGGACAUUUGGAAUUAAAGAAAUAUGUACGUAUUUGAUGGUUUGGUGGCCCUUCUGCUUCUGAAAACCUCGGAUGGCCCUUGAAACUUCAGAAAUGUUGUAAGAUAUUGGUGGUACAUAAACUGUCGUUUUUUAUGCGCACUUGAGCAAUACUUUUGAGUAGCCAGAAUUCAUAGAAUUGGAUUUUGAUUUUGCAUGAAACCGAUUUUAUUUUUUUUA